AUGUCAGUGAGGCAGGAGCUGAAAGAAAAGCAGGGACCUGAUGCGCCCAGGUUUUGGGGCUCUCGAGCGCUGGCCUAUGUUGCAUUGGCACUCGUGCUCGCUCUAGGAUUCAUCGCUGGCCAAACCAAACUUCCAUCAGCAUCGUUUUUUAACUCCGAAACUAUCAGUGAAGUUCUUGUGCAGGAUGCAUCACAAACGGCAAUCAUGGGUGACAUGUUGGCCGCGUUAGGACUGAGUCAAGAUUCCCCAGUCAAGAUAUUGCAACUUCCUGGCGGAAAAUCCAAGACUCUACAUGGCAGGUUUCUUCACAUCACCGACAUACAUCCAGAUCCCCAUUACAAGACUGGGAGUUCAGCCGCAGACGUAUGUCAUAGUGGCAAGCCGGACAAGAAGAAAGAUACGGCCACCCGUUUCGGUGUGGCCAUGAAUGGCUGCGAUAGUUCCAUGGAUCUCAUGGAGUACACGCUCAAAUGGGUUGAGGACAAUCUAAAGGAUAAAAUUGACUUUGUGGUAUGGACCGGUGACAAUAUUAGGCAUGACAAUGAUCGGAAAAUUCCUAGAACAGAGUCUCAAAUCUUCGAAUUGAAUGAAGAGAUGGCUCAUAAGUUCGAAAAAAUGUUUAGAAGGCCCAACAGCGCAGACCCAAGAGAUUUUGCGGUGGAUGUGGUGCCGAGUCUUGGCAACAAUGACGUUUUCCCGCAUAACUUGUUCUCUUUGGGUCCAACUUUACAAACGCGUGAAAUUUACAACAUGUGGUCGAACUUCGUCCCACAGGAACAACAGCGAGCGUUUGCGCGGGGCACUUCUUUUUUCGUUGAAGUUAUUCCUGGCAAAUUGGCCGUUUUGUCCAUACAAACUCUUUACCUAUACAAGGCCAAUCCCUUAGUUGACAGUUGUAAUUCUAAGAAACAACCGGGUUACCAGUUAUUACUAUGGUUAGGAUAUGUGUUGGAAGAGCUGAGAAGCAGAAAUAUGAAAGUUUGGCUCACAGGCCAUGUACCACCAAUAUUAAAAAAUUAUGAGGAGAGCUGUUAUCAUAAGUAUACCUUAUGGACAAAUGAGUACCGUGAUGUCAUAAUAGGCGGGUUAUAUGGGCAUAUGAAUAUGGACCACUUUGUGCCAGUCGAUGGAAAAAAAUCGUGGAAGGCAAUCGAUGCAACCUCUAAUGCUAAAACACAAGAGAUACCUGACUAUGCUGAAGACGAGGAUGAUUUUGUGGAAUUCGAUAAACUUUUGGAAAGUGCCGUGGAGGCCAGUGACGUGAGAAUAAUGGGCGCCAAGCCUGUGAACAAGGGCGCGUACAUGGAUUCUGUGCGCGAAAUGUAUUAUAAAAAAAUAGCGUCGAGAAUGGCGGAUGUCUCUACUAGUGGAAAGAAUAAGAAAAAUAAAAAGAAGAAUGGUAAGAAGAAAAAGAAGAAGGAUGGAAGCAUUGAUCGUUAUAGUAUUGUCAACAUCGCCGGCUCGGUCAUUCCGACGUUUAAUCCUGCUUUUCGGGUUUGGGAAUACAACAUCAGUGGACUGGAUUCAGAAUUCCAAUCUGGAAGUUUUCAAAUCAAAGGCUGGGAUGAUUUUUUCCAAAAGCUGGAGGUCAAUAUGGAACGCGACCUUCGGGACGAGGAAAAGGAUCAGAAAUGGAGCAACAUUUUCCAAAACAAUCGCAUAAAUAAUAAGGUGGACAAAAGCAUACCAACUAGAAUGCCUGCAGACUUGAAUUCGGGGCCUGGUUACACACCACAAUUAUUUUCACCAACACGAUUUAUACAGUACUAUGCUGAUCUUGAAACCAUUGAAAAGAAUUACAAAAAGGCACUGAAAGAUGGAUCUACAGAGGAUGAUGCUGCCACAACGGCGUUCGAAUAUCAAGUGGAGUAUUCCUCGGACGAUGAACCAUACAGAAUGAAAUCGUUGCUAACCAAGGACUAUAUAAAACUGGCCGUGAAGCUGGCCAAGUAUGAUGAACUAUGGGACAAAUACACUGAGAGGGCAUUUUUAUCUACCGGAUAUACUGAUUAG